CGUGAAUAGUAUGAGAGACCUUCAUUCAGACGAUGCAAAAAUAGUGUCAAGAUUGUGCCACAGUGCCCAGAACCCCCGAUGCCACGGAAGGGACCGCCCAAGACGACGCGCCGCGAGGAGCGAGCAAAGGAGAAGGAGGAGGCGGCCAAGCAGCGCCUGCACGAAGAGGCCAAGGCCGCGCGCGCUGCCCAAGCGGUCCGACAAUUUCGUCACAACCCCGAGAUGCCCGACACCCAAGGGGACCGACGCGAUCUCCGGCGAGGCUUGGCCUCCGAGGGCAUGCCUCUAGAGCGGUAUGGCGAGUCGCCCAUGCAACUCGGUAAGCGUGGUGAAGUGCUUCCGGCGUCAUCGGGCGGUCGCGCCGCGCCUCGAGGCUUCGAAUACGACGCUGCCGACGAAUGGUACGGCGACGACGACGACUAGAGCUCUCGUAUCGCUGUAGCACCACGACCUGAAGUAUAAUAUCUCUCUCAUGUACUGUCUUGCCACAGGCCUUGAAGUCUCUGCUACUAGCAGCCAUCACUACGACAGCGAGUGCUCUGGGGGUAGUCUUCAUCAUCACACAAGCAUCAUUUCCUGUGGUGC